AUGCAAAUGGUUGAUCCACUUUUUCAACGUAUACUUGUUAAAGAAUGUCGGAAUCGGAAUGUUCCAGUUAUCUUUGAUGAGGUUUUCACUGGUUUCUGGCGAUUAGGAGUGGAGUCUGCUGCAGGACUACUUGGCUGUCAACCAGAUAUAGCCUGCUUUGCAAAGCUGAUGACCGGUGGAAUUGUACCUUUGGCUGCCACAUUGGCGACGGAUGCUGUGUUUGAUGCAUUUGUUGGAGAUUCUAAGCUUAAAGCCCUUUUGCAUGGACACUCGUACUCUGCACAUGCUAUGGGAUGUACAGCUGCUGCUAAAUCCAUCAAAUGGUUUAAGGACGUCCAAACAAACUUAAAUCUUGCUUCUGAAGGAGGAUUGCUGAAGGAGUUAUGGGAUUUGGAACUAGUUCAGAAUAUCUCAUUACAUCCAGCAAUCCAAAGAGUUGUUGCGUUGGGAACCCUUUGUGCCGUAGAACUUCGAGCUGAAGGCUGUAAUGCUGGGUAUGCAUCGCUAUACGCAAACUCUCUUGUUCAGAAGCUCCGUGAAGAUGGCAUUUACAUGAGACCCCUGGGCAAUGUCAUUUAUCUCAUGUGCGGGCCUUGCACUUCUCCUCAGAUCUGCCGCAGCCUACUAGAGAAGCUUUAUCAAAGGCUAGAGGAGUUCAGCCAAGCAAACUUGAAAACAAGCCAAUUACACAAGGGUUAA